CUGAUGACGAGGAGCUGAAAGGGUAUAAAAGGCAAGUACGGAUCGGGCAAUCGGCCCGGUAGAUCCAUGCUUUAUGCAUGGUUCUACUUCUAUCGCUAUCUGAAAUCGUAGAUAAAAAUAAGAAGUGAGACUGCAAAGAUGAUGCUUGCUGCUUUACUGAGUUUGUUCAUCAUGAUCGGUGUAGAUUGUCGACCGAUCGUUACCGUCAGGAAACCCCGCGGAGCCCCGCCGGAAAGUCGAGCAGCGUACAACAGCACAAAGGACUACAACCUAAUCUGCCAGGAACAUUACAAAUCGCCAGAUUGGGUGUGGGAGCCCGUGCAGGAAGUGUGUAUCCCAUGUCGCCUUUGCGAAGGUUCACAGGAGGCAUAUUGCCAAGCAUGCAGUAGGGCCACAACAACCCAGGUUACUACGGAAGCUGCAACCACCAAGGACCUGGCAGCAAGCUCCACCAAACCUCCUGAAGACUUUGAUCCUUCCACCCAUCCUCCUGUAACAGCAGGGCGCAAGACACUAGGAGUUGAUCCCAUUGUCAUUGGUGUUCCCAUCGGGAUUGGUGUGGUGAUUGUCAUCAUGAUCAUGACUGUCUCCUUGUAUUGUUUCAUCCAGAAAAGAAACAAGCGAGGAAAUGCCCCAGUUGAAGAAGAAGGCGGUGGAGGAGAAAUAGAGGGAGGUGAGACACUGCCGUUAAGAUCGCAUGUCCCUCAACAAGACCAUGAACCAGUCCCAGAAUGCAAUCCACAUGAACCCCAACGUCAUACUCCUCCCAGCGAGUCAAGUCUCCUUGGGAUUGAGAUGGUUUGUGUGUAAGAGUUGGGCUCAGUCUGCAGUUAGACUUUAACACUUAUACAGGGUGAGUCAAAAAUGGCGGAA